AUGCCAUCUACAGGCAUAUGGAAUUUAUCUCUCGCACUACCUAGCCGACGACAUCUUCCCAAAGCAUCGACCUGGGGCUACGCCUUCAUUGGCGGCCUCAAUUUCGCCAUCGCCAUGCUGCUCGCGCCCUUUAUCACCGUCCUAUACCGAAAACUCGGUACCCACACCACCAUGUGCAUGGGCCUACUCCUCCAACUCACCGGCUUCCUCGGCGCAUCUUUCUCUACUCGCAUCUGGCAGCUGCACAUCUCGCAGGGCGCGUUGAUCGGUGUCGGCAUUGGUUUUUUGUACAUCCCUUGUUUGCCUGUACUGAGUCAGUGGUUUGACAAGCAAAGGAGUCUGGCAAAUGGGAUUAGUGCUGCGGGGAGCGGGGCGGGUGGUGCGGCGUUCGCUUGGGGUACUGAGGCUAUCAUCAAACGACUGGGCAUUGGCUGGGCGUUGAGGAUUACAGGUAUCAUUGCGUUUACCGCUAACACUGUUGCGACGGUCUUCAUCCGCGAUAGGAAUAAGGCGAUUAGACCGUCUCAAUUAGGCUUUGAUACUCGGCUUUUGCGACGAUAUGAGGCGCUGCUGUUGUUAGCUUGGGUGUUUAUUAGCAUGUUAGGAUAUGUUGUGCUUCUAUUUUCUCUCUCCGAUUUCGCGCUAUCUAUCGGGCUCUCGCGGUCUCAAGCUACAGAUAUGAUCGGGCUGCUGAAUGUAGGGAUGGCCAUUGGACGGCCAAUUAUCGGCAUAUUCAGUGAUCGGUGGAGUAGGAUGGGUACGGCGGGUGCGCUGACACUAGUUUGUGGUGUUUCUUGCUUUGCUUUCUGGCUACCUGCUACGGGCUAUGGACUUACGGCAUUCUUCGUCAUCUCGUGUGGCGCGAUCGUUGGAGUGUUUUGGAUGACGAUAGGCCCACUUUGCGUUGAGGUGGCGGGCAUUAAGAACCUGCAAUCGCUGUUGUCUUUGUCCUGGGCUGCAGUCAUCAUUCCGGCCACAGUCGCCGAAGGCAUCGCUCUAAAGCUCCGACGUCCCGGUUCCUCACGAGAGUACCUAUAUACACAAAUCUUCGCAGGCCUCUCAUACAUUAUAGCUGGCGGCUUCAUGUUCCAGCUGCGCCGAGUAAAACAGCGGCGGGCCCAACAGCAGCACCAGGUGCAGCAAUAG